AGCCAAAAACCGAAACAUUUUUUUUUCUGCAGGUUGUUUUGUAUUAGGGUUUCGUGGAUUUGUAAACUUUGAUAGCAAAAGUGAAUUGGGUUUUAUAAAAAAUAGAAAUGAAAAAUCUCGUGCAAGUAAUGAGAAAUAUUUUAUCGUUUGUUUCUGUCAUGGAAUCUCAGUUUUAUUUGUAAUUUAUUGGAAUACGUUGUGCAAUUGUUCUAUUUUACAUUUGCUGUGUUGAUGAGUGUGUUUUGGUUGGUAAAAAUGCUACUGAAAGUAGUGAUCGAAAAAAAAAAAACAUUUUAGCCAAAUACUUAUUGUAAAUUAUUCGUGAAGAAAAUUAGAUACUCGCAAAACUGCAAAAUAAAAGUGAAACACCAAUAAGACGAGUUUCAGCCAACAAUGCAAUUUAUUGAAUUAUAAUGCAUAAAAUUGCUAGAAAAGAUUGAAAAUAAACUAUUUUAGUGAAUUCAAUAACACCAAUUUCAAUAACCUUUUUGAGAACACAGUGGGAAGUCGAAAAAUUUACUUGAAGUGAAUAGUAGAGAUAGUAUAUGUUGUCUUCAAUCGAACCUGUUUUUAUUUGAUAAAGCAAGGAGUAACAACAUUCUUUCGUAACUAUAUCAGACGAGGUUGGAAGGAGUUUCUGUUGUGCUACAGGAAAUGAUAUCACAAAUGAGGACGCCCGACAGAAUUCAAGAAAGUAUCCUGACAAAGAGAGGCUUUCUCAUCCCAAGCUAUUUUCUCGAAGCGAUCAAAAAAGUAGUAGCCAGUGUGCUAGAAGUACGUUGCUUUUAUGUGAUGCGGAAGCAAAUCCCAGGUUUCCUCGACUACUUAACCAAGUCACGGAUUGGAUGGCACAAUCUCACCCCGGCUGACAGUAUAUUCAACUCAUUUCUUACAGUUGUGUUUUUAUUCAUCUUCUUCUUGGAAGCUAACUUGUUACUUGACCAUGGUCAUACACUCUAAAGUAUCUCGAGGGGCGGUAUCCAAAAUAUCAAAAGACAAACAAAAGUUGAAUCACAUUUUAGUGACACGAAAUUCAUCAGCAACAUCGGGACAGCUAAACGCAGCAGCAUCGCUGCUUCAUAUUCGUAGAGUACCAUCCAAUAAAUCUCUUUUAUUUGAAGCCCAAACUGAAUCAACUAAUAGGAAAAAUAGAGCAACAGUUUUGGAGUCCAAUGAUAUAACCAUUCGCAAAAAAGUAACAAGUGGCGCAAUUUUGCAAAACCGUGCCAAAAGCUUCAUUCCAUCAGAGUCUGUUGUAAACGCCCAAAAGAGGUCCCUGUUUGCAUCUGCUCGAUUUUCAACAAAACUAGGUGGUAAUACAACGGAAAACAAAAAUAUCGACAAAUCUAGUCAGUAUAAGAACCAGUUGCGCAUUUCGCGCAAAGCGCCACCUGUGCCCGAUUCCGCUUCCAAAUUCUCGUGCAAUAUAAAAAUUGAACGCAACAAGGACAAGAACCAUACUGAAUCGAUAACAUCGAGCAGUGAAGCUAAGCACAGCACGAUUACUAGACGACAUCCAGUAGGUAUCAAACGCCAGCCUCUAUCGCCUACAUUUGGAAAAGAAGGAGGUCAAGGUCCUUCGGGAUCAAAACAUUCAUCGCAAUCAACAAACAACAUCGCCACAACGAAUGGAACCUCCAUCAAAAAUGCAUCGUCUGUAUCAAGUUUAGAUUGCGUGGGCGUUGCAGCAGUAUCGAAGUCCAGCGCUAAACACAAUCGAGUACUGCACGGAUCUAAAGACAAAAUCGACCAAUAUCAUUCCUCGAAGUGUUCGGAAGAGAAACUGGUCGAUUUGAAACUUGUAAACAAAGACCAAUCAGAGGGACAGAAUCAGACGAAAACAUUUCCCCAAAUGCCUCUCGUGCAUCCACAACCCGCCCAACAUCAGCUUGAGCAAUUCAAAGUUGCUCAUCAUUCAUUACGGUCCUCACAACAACUGCAUAAAGCGGCCGGUUCCGAUGAAGUAGAGCAGCUUGACGAAGAUACCUACUCGAAUACAACAGAGGAAGUAGUCGUAUCGAAUGAAUUAACAGAGAUCAAUUGUGAUGUUCCAAUGGCCCAAAAAACACAAAAAAUGACAGGUUUUCAUGCUAGUCUCGAAAAACUGAAACACGAUAACGCAGCACUAGAGGAAAAGGUUGUUGAGAUGUCUGUCUAUCAAAAAGAAAUACAGACACUCCGUGAGGAGAUAUAUAAACUGCAGGCAUCGCAAGAAAUGAGUAAUAACGAACUGCAUCGGUUACUCGAUGAAAACGAAAGCUUGAGAGAUCGUUUGAAAACUAUUGUUCAAUCUCCAUUGUCAGAUUCUGAAAAGCAACAAAUCAUCAGAGAAUCACAAAGGCUUCACAACUCAGCGCCAGCGUCAAUCGCAUUACCAAAUAAUUUGGAAAUGGACGGCACUCCAUGUGUUACGCCAGAUUGGGACAAACAGUCGUCCGAAAGCGAAAUUGCUGUUGCUUGCCUCCAGGAUAAAAUUACACAGAUGGAGGAGACGCACUACUCGACAAAUGAAGAGCUGCAGGCUACACUUCAAGAACUUGCUGAUUUACAAUCUCAAAUAAUAGAGCUCCAAAGCGACAAUGAAAGACUAGUAGAGGAAAAAGACGUUAUUUUUCAAUCCCUUUGUAGGCAGACCGAAAAACUUGAAGAUUCCCGAACACAAAUCGGAACUCUGCAGACACUUUUACUGCGCGAACCCAAUCAACAGGAUGGUGUUUCCACAGAACGAGAACAAAAAUUGGUUGAGCUAUUGAAAAAUGCUCAAGAGGAGAGAGAAAGUCUUAUGUUGAAGCAAGAGGAUUUGAAUUCAGAACUAAAUGAACUCAAAGAUGUCUUUGAAGAUACAAGUAAUGAGAAAUUAAGACUGUAUGAGCGAAUCGGCGUACUCGAAUCUACUAUCGAUGCAACGAAUGCUGAAAGAACUGAAAUUGAUGCGCAACUGUUACAAUCCAAAGAAGACAGUUCAGUGAAACAAAUCGAAAUUAGUCGUUUGACAACUUUAUUAGAAAACGCGCGAGCAAAAAUUGAAGAAUAUGAACAAGACCGUUUAUUGGGCGAUAAGUCUGAUCUGGGAGAACUUUUAGAUACUGCCAGAAAAGAAAAAGACACUCUUGAAAUUCAGGUGGCCUCGCUUCAGGAGCAAGUAUCAAUUAGUCAGUGUGAGAUACAAAAACUUAAAGACCAACUAGCACGAAUGAGUGAAGAGUGUAAAGUUGUUAGGAAUAAUGCCAAAUGUGUUAUUUCUGAUUUAGAAUAUAAACACGAGACAAUUAAACAAGAGAAGGUUAAAAUAGUUAGUGAUUACCAGCAACUACAAGAAAAUGUGAGUGAAUUACAGGUUCAAAAUAAAUGCCUUACUGAAGACAAGGCCCAGCUGGAAGCAUUAUUAUCUGAAACCCAACGGCAUCUGGGCGAUACAGAACGACUGCUCGCAGAAAAGACUGAUGAAUUAAACCAAGAGAUUAGUUUAAGAAGACAAGAAAGCGACGAAUGGGAACGAUUCCAGUCUGAUUUGUUGAUGACGGUACGUGUGGCGAACGAUUUCAAAACCGAAGCACAUAAUGCACGAGAACAGCUUGCUUUGGACAAUAAAGCAUUACGGGAACGAAUUCGCGUUAUGGAACAGCAAAUAGACAAGCUUAAUAACCCUGAUAUGAACCUUUUAGAAAUGGAGAAAUCUAUCACACAGGAGUUAGUAAAAUUAAACGAUAUUAAAAAAAGCCUUUUCUCAUCUAUCGAUAACCUGGACGUAUACGAUCGAAAUGUUGAUGAAUUUGCAAGCCAAGUCAACUUGUUGCGUCAUCAGAUGAAUUCAUUUCCGUCGAAAGAUGGUGGACGAGGUACAACCAAUGGUUACUGUGCCAAUGAGAAUGCUCAAGGUAACCCGAAACUGAAAAACAACGAAAAAGAAAUAUUACCACCGCUUCCAAAGUCUAAACCUCCCAAACUGUCAGUUCGUUUCUUAGAAGUUGAAGAAACGAAUGAAAGUGUACCUCAAUUCAAAGACGGAUCCAACUGUCGUUCGUAUGAAAUAGAAAAGAUCAACGCAUUUUCCAAUGAAACGAAACAAGACAUUCGCAGUUUAACUCCUCGUUUUACCAAGGCCUGUUUCGAAGAAAUACUAUCAGUCGAACCAUUGUGUUAUACGGAAUCAUCAGAAAACUCAUCUCCAGAACCAACAUUUCGACCAAUUUCAAUAAUCAGAAGUAAUGAGAAUCUGGUGCAGCAAAGUUAUAAGUUGAUUAGACCAGUGCCGCUAUUCGCAUCGAAAAGCAUUCAAGAUCUACGGCCUAACAGUUCCAAAGCACAGAAAGAUCUUGAUCAGCUUUUUUAUUCCAAAAGUUCUGAUGACCUUACUCUCCCAGACAUUGAUGGUAUGUCCAAAAUUAGCAAUUUGACUAAGUUUAAAAAGCUUCGUUGUACCAGAUCUAGUAGUACAAGUUUGAAUAAUUUAAAUAUUAAAGAUGAAUCAGAUCCCUUGGUAUCAAAAAACAUGUCUGAAAGAUUACAAGCUGAUGUAAACAUGAAACCACAACCCAUGCCACGAAAAUGCAGCAUAAAUGAACUAGAAAGCAUGUCUGAUAAAACUACAAAAGCAAAGACACUGGUUUAUGUGAUUGAUAAAAAAACCAAUGAGUUUGUCCUGUCUAAUGAAAAGGCAACGGCUAAUGUAACUGAUAUGAUUUGUAGAAAUCGUCAGAGAGUCAAUGUUUACGAUGACGCUAAAUUAGAAGCAUUGAAGAAGACUUCAUUUAUAUUGAAUAAACCGGAUAAAUCUGUUACGAUGCUCGAUGUUAUUGAUAAAAAAAAACAAUGACGAGAGAAAUAAAAGCAUAGUUGCAUCAACGGAAUCCCAUCAUUCUAUAUUUAACACUGUUCAACAAGAGAUGGCUGUGCGACGACAACAAAAAUCUACUAUCCAGAGGCAGGACUCACGCUUGUCUGUAAAAAGUCUUAUUGAGAGCAUUGA